GCUGAGUUAUCUCGAUUAAUCAUGUCUGGUCGCGGCAAGGGAGGAAAAGGUUUAGGCAAGGGGGGUGCCAAGCGGCACAGGAAGGUGCUUCGGGACAACAUCCAGGGCAUCACCAAGCCUGCCAUCCGCCGCUUGGCUCGGCGCGGUGGCGUCAAGCGUAUCUCGGGGCUCAUUUACGAGGAGACCCGCGGCGUGCUGAAGGUUUUCCUGGAGAACGUGAUCCGGGACGCCGUCACCUACACGGAGCACGCCAAGAGGAAGACAGUCACCGCCAUGGAUGUUGUCUACGCCCUCAAGCGCCAGGGCAGAACCCUCUACGGAUUCGGAGAUCCCAAUAAGCGGUUCACCUGGUUUUUAGUGAAGUAUUGUAUCAGCGAAGAACACGUGAUUGGGAUCCCCGGCGGGAAAGUGGGCGGAGAACAACCCCAAAGCCCCGACCCCGCCCGCGCGCUUUCAGUUCCCAAACAGCAGUGUUGCUUUCAGUCGUUAACCAUGUCUGGUCGUGGCAAGGGAGGGAAGGGAUUAGGCAAAGGGGGUGCCAAGCGGCACAGAAAGGUCCUCCGGGAUAACAUCCAGGGCAUCACCAAGCCUGCCAUCCGCCGCUUGGCUCGGCGUGGCGGUGUCAAGCGUAUCUCGGGGCUCAUCUACGAGGAGACCCGCGGUGUGCUGAAGGUUUUCCUGGAGAACGUGAUCCGGGACGCCGUCACCUACACGGAGCACGCCAAGCGGAAGACAGUCACCGCCAUGGAUGUUGUCUACGCGCUCAAACGCCAGGGCAGAACCCUCUACGGAUUCGGCGGCUAAACCAGCUACAUUUUGCAAGUCCGCCAAGAAAAACCAAAAGGCCCUUUUCAGGGCCC